AUGGAUUUUGAUAACUACGAAUAUGUAACACCAUCAGGUUACGAUGAGGGUAACUCAAAAAAUAAUUAUGCAAAGAGAUCCGGUGGGUGCGAAUCUAUGGAAACCCAGGAGAUUUGUGGACAGGAGAUAAAAAAUAUGAUCAGUCACUACGAGAAGGCCGCCAAUGAUCUUAUCGCUGCCGGAUCAAUUGUGCAUAUCUACAUCGUUGUAAGACAGGAGAAAAAAUACUGUGGCAUGCGCUCAUUUGUCGAGCUGCGUGUACCUGACGAGAAAGAAUCAUGUGGAUUUCAACGAGAUGUCGAGCUUGUGAAUGCCAAUGAGACCGAGGAAAAAGAUGCAGAUAGUGAAACCAAACCAAAUGAUGUGCUUCCGAUGGCCCUUCUAAACCUUUUGCAAACUCUAAAAACCAUCGAAAGCAACCCUUUGUUGGAAAGAUACCGUGGAAAGAACUGCUACUGGAUCCACAUCAAGCAUCCCAUGGCCGCGAUCUAUUUUACCCAUGAGAUAAACUACAUGCAAUUCUUCGGGCUUAAAAGCAAGAAUGGGGAAAACUUAAGAUAUGUUGAUACCAUAAAAGGAAUUCACCAACAACUCGGAAAACUAGAUGCGGUCAUCAAGGGAGAUGUGAAUUUCUAUGAUAAGAAAAACGAUAUGGACGAUAACGUAUUAUCAUUCUUCAAAGAACCUUAUGCUUUUGUCCCUGACCCUGAAUGGUUGGCCAAAUACAAGAAGACCAAGAACUACAAAUCAAAAAUUUUGGUCGGGACACCUCUCACAAACUUGAAAAGCAAUCGACAACCCAAACGUACCCAUGCACAGAUUGAAAUUCCAGAAAAUUCCCAAAACACACAAACAAAUAGCAA